AUGAAAAGGGCACUAACCACUAAACUUGCUUUGUUAGAAGAGGAUUCAGAUUGUGAAAAUGCUGAAUUGGUUGAUGUUUUUUAUGUGCCGCCAGAAACAGAUGAAAUUACAGAUGAGGAAAACUUUGACGAAAAUAUUAUUGGAGAAGAGGGAUUGCAGACGGAUAAUGCAGGAACGUAUGAAAUACAACCAAGUAUAGAUAGUGAUGAUGAUUUGGAAGAUGACCACUGUUUGCAUCUUGCUUCUACCAUUCGAUGUAUUGUUUUAUUUGUUGUUGCAGAUGGAUUUCCAACGUUCAGGUCUUCGUUCCCCGAAUGGUGCGACAGUUGCUCCGAGCUACUGGAUACCUCCGGCGGGACCCUCACUGCUCCCACGGGACCGGAUCCGCUGCCUCUCAUGGGGUUGAGGUCGCUCCGCAUUUCCGCUCCUCCGCUGCACCGGCCCCACAGAAGCUGCGACAGUCUCUCCUCCACGGCCAACAGCUCCACCGACAGUUCCGAUACAGAUGACAGAUGUGAUAGUUCACUAGGUCUCGAAGAUGACCGGGAAUUCCCUGUCGAAAUCCUUCCAUACCUCUUCCUUGGCAAUGCCGCAAACAGCGAGGAUAGUCAGGCUCUGGCCAGGCAUAGUAUACAGUAUGUGCUCAACGUCACACCUGACUUGCCCAACGUUUUUGAAGACCUGGGCAGUAUAAAGUACAUGCAGAUCCCAAUUACAGACCAUUGGUCGCAGAAUUUAGCAAGUCACUUUCCCAAAGCCAUAGAAUUUAUUGAUGAGGCGAGAUCUCGACAGAAAGGUGUGCUGGUUCACUGUUUGGCUGGCGUGUCACGUUCCGUAACUAUAACGGUCGCCUACCUUAUGUACAAAUGUUCCCUGAACCUCAAUGAUGCCUUUAACCUUGUUCGUUCACGCAAGUCCAACAUCGCACCGAACUUCCAUUUCAUGGAGCAGUUGCAUAAUUUCGAGCGAGAGCUGAAACUAGACGUGUCUUCCCAAAGUCCCCUUCCGUUGAUGGAGCAAUUAAGGCAGGAACAAAAAAACAGAGGCAAUAAAACCGAGCAAAGAAAACCAAAAGGACCAUGCCAGAACUGCGGCCUAACAGACGACUGCAAGUGUAGGCAGCACAGCGAGUUCCUGAGUCCCCUGGCCCAAAUCGGGGUCAGUCCGGAUUCCGGGAUAGAGUUCGACAGGUGGGCUUCGGGAACACCCGGUGAAUGAGGUCAUCAGGGAGGGUCGCAGUGGCACUUUUAAACCUUGAAUGUAGGAUCAUACCUGCAUGGUGUCACCGUCAUCCUCCCUUGCACAAGUUAAUAUGUCUUACUUCCUAAUAAUAUUAUUUUUAUCAUAUUUUAAAAUUUUAUGUGUAUAUGAAAUUAAUUUAAACUAUAUAUUCAAGUAAUGAACUUUAUUUAGCGCAUAACAAAAUUGUUUUAAAAUAUGUUAAUGUACUAAAUUUUUUAUUCCAAAUUCAUUUAUUGAUUCAUUUCAUUACUGGCCUAAAUAGAAAUAUUUCAUCAAACCUGGGAGGACAAAAUCAAUUAUUAUAUAUAAUUAUCUCACAGUAGUGUUGCCUGUUUCGUUGGACCAGUUAAGUAGUGUAUGAUUUUCACACGUUAAAAAGAGACAUGUAUUUUUUUGUUAUCUAGAGGGCAAAUUUUUUAAUAGCAAAUGUGAGGUGCUUCGCUUAAGGGAUGACACUUUCAGAGCUAUUUGGAAGUUUCCAAGUCCACCUUUUGUGUUCAGAAAAAAAUAUUAAUGUCGUCGCAUUUUGUAACAUACUCUCUUAAUUUUAAUGUAAUUAACAAUUAUGGUUAGUCAUUACCUUCAUUUGUUGUGUAUUCAGAUGACGUGAAAUCUAUAAAAACUUUUCUACAGCCAAAAAUUUAGUAUCACAUCUUUUUUUUUACGAAAUUUGGAAAUAUGAUUAUGUGGUACCUGUAGAUUUGAGGAUUUCUCUGAAAGUGAGAGAACGUGCAGACGUGCCCUCCAAAGGGUAAAUUUCUAAGAUGAUGGUUUUCAAAUAUAUCUGAGAGUGUUCCAUUUAAUGAUUAUAUUAAUUCGUUUAUUUGUUUUUGGUGUUGCGGCAUUUCAAAUUUUCAUGCAAAAAUCAUAAAAAUGCACAUUCAUGCAUUCGUAGGAUAUGUAUUUACUGCAUUUAUUUUAUUUUUGGGAAUUCUCGAAUAUCGUUCACGAUGGUCGAAAUUGUAUUAAUUAAUUGAUAGAUUCAUUUUUCUCUGACUUUCAAUGAUUACACAGCACACAGAAAAAUUCGUAACUUUUUAACAGAGUUUGAUGCCCCCUAGUAUUUUGACCCGUUGAAGACGAUGGAGACAUCAAAAAUGUUCCACCACGUCAGGAUUUUUCCCUAACCUCAAAGAAAUCGCUGAAAAUCAGUGGAAAUCUCGAUUUUCUGCAAAAAUGGAUUAGAUUUUGAAAUUAAAGUUCACAGGGGUGUUAAUAGGGUCAAAAUAAAAACUUUUUGUUCCUACACUUUUUUCUGUGCACUUUAAUUUCAAAAUCUUAACUAUUUUAACAAAAAAUCGAGAUUCCCACUGAUUUUGAGCUAUUUUUUGUGGAUAGGGAAAAAUCCUGACGUGAUGGAUCAUUUUUGAUGACUUCAUCGUUAAAAAAUAUAAGAAUUUUUUUUGUGCGCGUUAUUUUAAACGGACAUCUUUAAAAUUAUCCCCUGCAGCUGCUACACGCCACUGCCAACGCUGUUACCACAUUUCGAAGAACUUUCGUAUAUUAUUAGAAUUCAUUUUCUGUUUUUAACUCCGUCGUGUUCGAAAAUAUGUCAUGGGGGCAAAGUUUGAGUAUUUGUAACGUGAGACUACAAUUUCGAGCCAUUUGAACAUAAACAAUUUCGAGAACUCUCAAUGAAAUCGUUGUGACAAAAAUUCGAUUCAGGGCGUCAAAUACCAUUAUUAAAAAUAAUUUUUCAUUCUCUCUCACAUUGAAAUAUUAUUCUGUUAAGGACAGCAUUGGUAUAUUCGUAGUGGGUGGCAACAAGUUUUUAAUUUUGGUAUUUGGCGAACUUGGAUUGUUGGUAAAGAAAAGUUUUGUUUUUUAGUUUCUGUCAGUAUUAAAUGGUUAAAAUUGACAUUGCAUUCGAUUUGCAUGUAAGAUGUUACAAAUCAUAUUGUAUAUAUUGGAAACAUAAAAAUUAAGAAGACACUUCUCAGUCGUAACAAUAUUUUAGUUCGGAAACAUUCUGAUGCUUUUUCCUGAGUAAUUAGACUAUUUUCUGUGCCAUAUAGAGUUAAAAUUAUUUUCUCAUUGAUAGACGCAAAGAUUUAUAACUUAAAUCGCAGAUUAAUUUCGGGAUUUAUUUUAAACUAAAUUUUGGAGACGAUUUUCUUUGAAAGCAUUUCAGAUACUUAUCAGUUAGUGUUGCAUAUUUUGUAAACUAAUUAAAAACAUAUUUUUUUUCGUUCAUCCAUUGACUAGGAGUUGGGUUAGGUUCUCAGUAAAAACAAAACUGAGAACAGACAGCAAAAAACGAAAUCAAGAAAACUUUGUUCGUAGAUUUUGUUUCUUUAGAGAACAAAACGGGAACAGAAAAGCACAUGGGAAUGUUCUAGUUGAGAAUGAAAUAGAUGUUUUUGCAUUCAUAAGCUAAACUAGUCUUUGGAAGGGUUAAAGGCAGAUUUCAUUGCCGUCCACAAUAUUUGCCACUAGUAUAUGCGUUUUGAAAAGAUUGUUUCAGAAGAAUUUUUCCUGCAUGCACUUGUUCCGUUUUUGUUUACAAUUUUGUUUUUAGUGAUAAUCUUUAUAGUGUCAGGCAAAAAUGAGAUGUACUUCUUUGAAAAGAGAAGGAAAACUACUACUUAGACAACUACUAGUCGGAUACUAUACCCGAGUACCAUAAAAAUGGGCAGUGAUUCAUAUCCAGCACUUAGACGAGUAAAGGAGGUAAGGGGUGCAAGGGACAAAAUUCCAUAGGCGUGCUAUUUGAGAAGGGGUUAAAAAACAGAAAAUUAUAAAAAAUAAGUUCACUUUAGGAGGCUUAUAAAGGCUGGCAUCCUCUCAACAAUUGUCAAGUGCCGUCCUUUUGGAUGGCAAUGGUCCACCACCACCCAAUAACACCUACCUGAUGUGCACGCCGCAGAUAUCACACUUUAUCACUUAUAAUACACAGAAUACACUACUGCCUACUAUCUAUCAGUUGAAAAUGCUUCCAGAAAUGCCUGCCGUUUUCUUUGGACAUUAACAUCUUGCCAUACUUUUGUCACCGUAUGACCUUAAUUUUUCCAUGUUUCGUUCUACGAUUUAUUUUUCGAACUUCUAAUACUUGUCUCAAAUAGUUUUUUCGCUAUAUCAUUAUUUUCUCUUUUUCUAUCAGCAUACUCUUUCGAUUUCAUUUUAUAAAACGGAAACUCAUGUCACGCAUAGUUUGCAAAAGCACCCUUCUGGAUAUUCUAUGCAAAUUUUGAUCUUGUGAGAUAGCAGCUUGAAUUUUUUUGAUUGUCGGAAGUUCAUUUUUAAAAAACUAUCCAUGAAUUUUUCUGCGAUUCACGUAUUUUGUGUCGUCAUCAACAUCUGUCUUUUUCCUUCCGCGAGUUUCCACACUUUUCUGUUUUGCAGUCGAGUCUUAUUGCACAAUAUACACAUCUCACCAACAUUCAUAUUUUGGUUUCGUGCUAUAAGCCCUUCAUACACAUUUUUUAUCAUGUGAUAUUCCUGCCUUGUUAGAUGAGGACGCUUACUAUUACGAGAACACGCUGUAGAACUUGAAUUACUCUCUAUUUUAAGAAUACAAACUCAAAAUCUCUGAUAAAUUAAUUACGAUCACAAUUAAAUUAACGGAAAGAUAUCGUCGAACCUCUCCCGCGCGUAAGCCUAUUUGCCUGUGCCGAGAGGAAUACUCGGAUCCGAAUGAACGCAGCCCAAUUGAAACACCAAUGAAAGUGUAGAAUUUGCUGCAGCAGAGGAAUAUCCUGUGCACGUCAAACGAAAUCCAAGUGACGUCACACACCAAACACCAAUGAGAGUUUAGAAUUUGCUGCAGCAGAAGAAUUCCUAAAAUUGUGCAGUAUCGACUGCUGUGGGAGAAUGCGGCACACACAAUUUUAUGUGAAGAAUUACGAACGGCUCGUACUUCUCUUUGAGUUAACUGCUAAAAAUGGUGAGAUGGAUUAAAGAUGAAAUCACUGCCUAUUAUUUUGAUACCUGACUAUAGAUGGCAACUGUUCCAUAAAUUCCUUGUCAUCCUUAUUCCUAGUAUAAAUAAAUAUGACAGGGUGUUUAUGGGAGUUUCCACCUAGGGUUUUCGUUUGAUUGGUUAUCUAUAUUAUACAGGGUAUUCAUAAAAUUGUGGGCAAUCUCUUAGAUUUGGGCAAAUUUUGCAAAAAUAAUGUCGCAAGUUUAUUUAAAAUGUUUUUCUUGGGCUCACCCUUAGAGCUGUUAGCUUUUUUCAUUUAUACCCUUUUUCGUUCUCAUUAAAUAUAGAUAAUUUUUGGAUAAUACGCAAUUUACGGAUAACUACUUUGGACGCCUAGGCACAGAGCAAACACCUUUGGCUGUCCUGGCCCCAUAAAAAAUUAAAGACUUUUUAAUUUUGAUAAACAUAUGAAAUAAGUGCAUUACAUUUAAAUAACAGCUUUUACUCAGAAAUUGUCUAAGUUUAAUAAGAAAAAAAGAAGUUAUAACAAAAAAUCGAUUUUCAUCAUAAGUUCAAGAGUUAAUUCGGGUCAGCCCAUAGAAAAAAAUUAUAUAAACAGUUUUCGUCUAAUUGUGGACAUUGCACACAGUUUAGGUUAAGCUGUCUGCGUGCAGGGGGCAGUGUAGUGCCCAUCACAUCUAAAAGCGGUUAUCCACUAAACGGACAAAACAAAAACAAAACACAAACUCGUGUCGAAUAAAACAAAACCGUAACUUUUUGCAAAUUUUUUGAAGACUGUCGUGUUUUGUGAGUUGUUUUUAGUAUUGACUCAAUAAUAGUCGAUUUACAUGCAAUGUUUCCGAAAUAAAUAUUUCAUCGUCAUCACACAUUUUUAAUGUAUACCUUAGAUAUAAUAAAAUUGUGUAAAAAUUUUUCAUUUCAUAAGAAGACUGUUUUGGCAGCAAGUAUCAUGCACAUAAUUUUAGGAGUUAAUAAGGCUAGCCAAAUUUAUUAUAAUGUCGCACUUACUGCAAUAUACCGAACAAAAAUUGUAUUUUGUGCGGGGAAUCCUUAUAAAAUUCAGUGCGACAUUUUCGCGUAUCUACUAAGGUAAAUAUUGUAACAUUUAAAAUGUAUUGCUAAGAAAGGGCACAAAUAUUCAUUAUUUAUAGACACUUUUUAUGUCCAUGUUAUGUAUUCCAAUGCUGACUAACUAGCGAGGACUAACGGGGUAAAGAAAUGAAUAAAUCACUAUUUAUGAGCCUCACAAAUUAAUUUCAGAUAGUUAUAUUUUUCCAAAUACAGUGAAAAUCGGUUACAACAACAUUCAAGGGACACACAUUCUUUUGCUUGCUUGCAUUAGUUUCUCCGUUUUUAAUCUAUAUUAUACAGGAUGUUUCUAAAUAAUUGCGAAAUAUUUUAGGGGGCGGUUGCCAAAGUUAU